AUGCCAGCGUCGCAGAGCGACCCCCAUACCCUCCCGGCUUCGGCCAAGGAGGUCAAGGACUUGGACUCGUUCAUGCUCGUAAUGAACAAAUUAACAAUCUGCGUAAACACUGCUAUCAGCGAGGGAAAGAGCGUUUCCGCGGCCAAUAAGAAGCUCAUCAAUCUGGCCAUGGAGGAGAUAAGACGUUCCACCCGCAACCUAAACACCGCUAUUGCGUCAACAACCCCAUCUGCAUAG